UAAUGGAUGUAUUACCUCCAAAAAUUAAAUGUAAGAAUGAUUUAAUAGUGAGGCUCUAAUCGGAUGGUUUUGAAAACAAUUUGAUUGUAAUUAGUAAGAGAGCAUUAAUUUAUAGCUAAUAUAGUUUCUGUGCCACAUUAUUCAAAUUAAAAUUUACAGCAAGGACAAGUUGUAUCCCAUUUUAACUCAUUUAGAUCUGAAAUAUUUCAAUUAAUACUUUAGUCUUAAUUGCUUAUCCAAAAUUAACUUUAAAAGCCUGCAUGAG